GUUGUUAACUAAUCCAAAACACUAUCAGCUGUGCUCAGACUUUCGUAACAAACCGCAAGAGAUUUUCAUUUCCAGCAUUUCACUAAAUUUUCAUAAUUAGAAUUGUUCAGAAUGCGUAUCCCCACAGCUGUGUAUAUGGCUAAAAAGGCUCGCACACCUCAAAGUGAGGCGAGUGUGCCUUUUCAGGAAAUUUUACCUUUACGUCUAAAGAAUACAGUCAGUGGCAAGGCUGACUCCGGGUCCGAUGUAGCUUGUCUUCAAGAAAUGACCGUUCUAUUCGCCUGCUUGAAGGAUAACGAUUUUGCAGAAAAAAUGUGUAAUAAGGAAAUAUCGCAGUUUAAGAAAUGCUACAAGGUAUACAUGGACCGAAAGACGGCUGCCAAGGAAACGAUUAAUAAAGGCAUAAUCACUCCUGGCAAAGAACUAAAUUACAAACAGUUGAAUAAAUAUAUGAGACGGUAUCCCAAUCCAUAAUAAUGUUACAAUGUCAAUAAUGAAGAAUAAAAGAUAAGUGGUAUGGA